AUGCAAUUAAUAUUAAUUAUUUUACAAAAUGCUGUUUCACAAUAUAGCACGCUAUUAAAUUAUUACAAUAACUAUCUAGAACAAAGAUAUUAUCGACAGCAUCAAAACGAAUACUACGAUUGGCCAAAGGAACGCGUAAGAAGAUUUAAUCGACAUCGAAAAAAAAAUUAUUAUAGAAGCGAAGAAGACUCAAGAGAUGUGAAUUACGAUACUUACAGGAACUAUUAUGAUUGUAAAUGCUCCUGCGAUAGAUGUGCAAACCCUAAGCCAUGUUGUACUGAAAUGUGUGCGUCUUGCCCUUCGCAAACUGAUGUCAUAUACGUACCAUAUCCAGUGCCAUUGGUGGUGACGGUAACAAAUAGUCCGUCUACACCUCCCAGCACCAUUGCAGUUUCUGGUACUAAUAGUACCAAGGCGCCAUCUAUUACUUUAGCUACAUCAAACUCUACUGGAGAUUAUACAGAAAGGACUAAACCUUCUGAUAAAACACAAACGCAAUCCCCAUCCACGCAACCACCAACGCCUCACUUACGAUAUAACAAGUUAAAAUACUGUCCGCCAAUGGCAAAUUGUAGAGACGAUAAAAACCAAGAGUACACUCAAAAAACGUAUCACAGAUUAUUAGAGGACAAAAACAAAUCGCCUUACAAUACAGACUUUGCCAAAUCCGAAGGACACACAAGAAGAGAUUGGUUGCCUAGGUACGGUAUCGUGCCGAUCCCCGAUCACUUAGCAAUUAAGUUUAUGUCGGAACUACGAAAUUAUAAGUAA